AUGAAGAAAGAAAACAAUAAGUACGAUCCGUACAAAAACAAGAGAAAUGACUAUGACGACGAUAGAAAGAGGAAACGACCAGAAUGGGAUACAAAAAAUAUGGAUGCAGAUGAAUUCACAAAGAAACAAGAUAAGAAUAAUGAUGAACGCGGUAAAAAAGAUGAAGGCAAAACUGACAAUCAAAGAGACCACAGAGACAGCGAUUGGGGAAACAAGAAAGAUGACCGUGAAAUUAAAAAAGAUAGUCGCUGGGAUAAUCAAGAUGAUUGGAAUAAAAAAGAUAACCAACGCGACAAAAAAGAUAGCGACAGAAACAUAAAAGACAAUGACUGGGACAAACCAAAUAGUAGAAAUAAAAAAGCAGACGAAUGGAAUAAAAAAGACAAUAGAAACCAAAAAGAUGACGACUGGAACAGAAAAGAUAAAGAUAUGAAUAAAAGAAACGAUGAUAGAAAUAUAGAUUAUGACAGACCUAAAAAGAAUAACCGUGAUGACGGCUGGGAUAGAAAAGAAAACCAAUGGGAUAAAAAAGAUUCGAACAGGAAUAAAAAUAAUGAUUGGGGUAAGAAGGAUGAUGAUUGGGAUAAACCGAAUAACCGUAAUAAGAAGGAUGAUUGGGGUAAGCCAGAAAACCGUAAUAAGAAGGAUGAUUGGGAUAAGCCGGAUAACCGUAAUAAAAAAGAUGACUGGGAUAAGCCGGAUAACCGUAAUAAGAAAGAUAAUUGGGAUAAGCCGGAUAACCGUAAUAACAAGGAUGACGAAUGGAAUAAACCGAGCAAUCGUAACAAGAAGGAUGAUUGGGAUAAGCCAGAUAACCGUAAUAAGAAAGAUAAUUGGGAUAAACCGAAUACUCGAAAUAAAAAGGAUGACUGGGAUAAACCGGAUAACAAUAAUAAAAAGGACAAUUUCAACAAAAAAGAUGACUGGAACACUCAAGACAAAAAAACAGACAAAAGAGAUGAUAACAAAAAACCAGUACAAAAAAAUGAUUGGGACAAAGUAAGUGCUCUAUCACCGAAACCGGAUUGGGGCCAAUAUGAUAUGUCGAAAAAAAAUCUAAAGACAGACAGUACGGAGAAAAAAACUAAGAAAAAUGAUGACUAUAACACAGAUUACGGAAAACCGAAGAAAAAGAAGUCUAGUUGGGAUAACUACGUACCUAAAAAUGAUGAUUACUAUCAGCCUAAGAAGAAACAUCAUGACAUAUACGACGAAAGACCGAGGAAUAAUCCACCACCGAACUUUGGCGCGUUUGGUAGAACGCCAAUACCAUUUGCGGGAAAAAAGAGAAUAUAUGCCGAUUAA